AUGUUUUCCUUAUUUGCAAUUCUUUUUUAUGGAGCAUUAGGCAUACAAUUUACAUUCCCUUUAAAAGCAAAGGAAUUGAAAUGCUUUGGGGAAAUUAUUGGAUAAAAUAGUCUGGUUGUUGGUUCUAUUUAGGCUAAUUCAAGUGAAUAUUCAUUGAAAAUACAUGUAUGACCAAUAAUCCUUAACACUAAGGUGCCAUAAAAAAAGUUUGAUAGCAUUUUACAGUAUGCUCAUAGUUUGGAAUUGCAAAAGUUUUCAUUCACUACUAAUAGCACCUAAGAAAAUUAUUAAUUUUGCAUACAUAACUUAGCAAAUUUUGGACUUAAUGUUAACUUUAAUUUAGCCACAGGAAUGGAUGCUUAAGAUUUUUCAUUAGUGGCUUAGAAGGAAGAUUUAAAACCAAUUGAGAUACAUCUGAAGAAAUUGAAUGGUUUAAUAAAUUCAGUCGAAGUAAAGAUAUGAUUGAUAUCAAUUGUAGCAAGAAUAAAAAGAGAUUGAAGAAAGAUAAGCCACAAGAUAUUCUAACGUUAGCAAUAUUUCAUAUAAAAUUAUAAUUUUUAGUGUGGUCACUUUGAUACUGAUGGUCUUAACAAAUUUUGUUUAAGCUCGUAAAUUGAAGAGUUUCUUCAAAUCAAAAAAGUUCAUUUGA